UUGAGGUUGAGAUUUGUCAAGUUUCUUGAAUCAAAUCAUGGAGACAUUUUACAGGAAACCGCCCAAGCCUUUCAAUUCGGUACUCGAACGAGGAGACAAGGUUGAUAAUUUUGCCGACAUCAACAUUGAAAAACCACCAAAUGUUUCACCAGUCGAUAUGGAACUUAGAAUUCGCGCGGAUAGGGCCAUAGGAGCUUUAAAUAGAACCAUUUCGGUGUUAAACGUAAUGGCACAUUUACCGCUUCUUUUGGAAAAUGACGGGGACAUUAUUCGCAAAAGCAUGCCCACCAGCGAGCGCAAUUUUAUUUUCCAUGUGCUCCAGGAAUACGGAUGCGAUGUGGGCUCCAAUGUCAAUGCCGACCCCCAAAGUUUCGGCCGCAUAAUCGAGAGUAUAACCAAAAUUAAAAAAGCAACUACGUCGUCAAAAACAUCUCAGAGUAAUAAAAUAGCCCAUUAUAGCCCGGAUCCGAUGCUAGGUCAGGCUAUCGAUUUAAUUGUCGAUAACAAAUGUAUCCGCGACGCAAUAAGAACUUCUAAGAAACCGAAACGCAAUCCUACCAUAUCGGAAUUCGUUAAAAGCCUCGAAGAAUUGAGAGAAGUGGCCAAAUUAAAACUAUACGUCACAGGAACCGAGGAGGAGGCCAGAGAUAGGCAGUUAAGACAAGCAUACAAGUCCAAUGUGCUACUCGCCGCAGCUAUAAACGACAUGAAGAACCAAAUAGAAAUUCAACGGAAACAUCUCGGCAAGGAAUUGAGCGACAAAAUUGCCACAUUUGAAAAAUAUAACCAAAAGAUUGAAAGUAUUAAGGAAGAGUUCAGAAUCAACAUUGAAAAGACACUUCACGAAUCGGAAAAAACAAUGAUGCAGCAAUGUUACGAGAGUGAGGAAAAACAAAUCCACCUGGCCGAAGAAGUCAAGAAAUUAACCGAAGAAUACGAUCGGCUUCUCGAAGAUCAUUUACUAGAUGAAAAAGUGCUGAGAUCAAAUAGACUGAAAACCGAAACGCAACUUCACAACUGGCUGGCGAAAUACGAUCAGGAUAUCGGAGAGAAACAGGCCGAAUAUGACAAAUUAAUAACAGAGUACGAACAGCAAAAAGUUGCACUGGAACAGCUAGAAGACGAAAUAGACGAACAAGAGUCGGAGUACGUUGCGUUGAUGCAAGAGAAGAAAGAAGAAGAGGAAAGAAUUUACAACGAGAUGGCGUACAAAUUAUUGGUGAACCGCUGUGCCAGAAUUAUACAGAGAGCUUGGAGGGAAUACAGGGAACGUAAAGCCAAACGGAAGGGUAAAAAAGGUAAGAAAUCCAAAGACCGCAAGAAAAUUACAGCGAGGAAGUAAAACAUUGAAUAUUACUAG